AACUGCUGAUUAUAAAGCUUGUGAGGUCAAACCGACUGAUUUUUCAGUAGUUUUAAGACAACUUCUUAUACGAGAUGAGCAAAUACGUUUAUAGAUCACCAUUGAACGACGCUUGUUGCGUUCCAAAUAAUGAACAAAAAUGCCCAUGGAAUUCGAAAAUCGAUAGAAGUACAACCGUUCAUACUACUAAAGAUUGGAAUGAACCGAGGCCGAAGAUUCUUCCAAACGCAUUGGCUGCAAUUGGCAACACACCUAUGAUACGAUUAAACAGAAUUCCUCGACAAGAAGGCUUAGAAUGUGAUGUUUAUGUUAAAUGUGAUUAUUUGAAUCCCGGUGGAUCCGUAAAAGAUCGGAUGGCACAUAGAAUUUUGGAAGAUGCCGAAAAAGAAGGGAUUUUGAAGCCUGGUUGUACCAUUGUAGAACCAUCAUCAGGUAACACAGGUAUUGGUUUGGCUCUGGCGGCAACUAUCAAAGGAUACCGUUGUAUUAUUGUUAUGUCCGAAAAAAUUUCCAAGGAAAAGGAAUACGUCAUGCGCGCUUUAGGUGCUGAAGUUGUGAGGUGUGCAGUUACAGAAAACUCUUUUUCACCAAACGGGAUGUUUGGAACUGUUCACCGACUAGCCAAAGAGAUUCCAAACAGCGUCAUCUUCGACCAAUUUUCUAAUCCUGGCAACCCAUUAACACAUUACGAUACUACAGCUGAAGAAAUUUAUGAUCAAUGUGAUGGACAAGUGGAUAUGAUAGUUAUGGGAGCUGGCACUGGUGGUACGGUAACUGGCAUUGGUAGAAAAUUCAAAGAAAUAUCACCACACACCCAUAUUGUUUGUGCCGAUCCUUACGGAUCUUCUUUCGCUUUACCAGAAGCAAUCAACAAAACCGACGUCACUUUUUGGGAGAUAGAAGGAAUGGGUUAUGAGUUUAUUCCAUCUACUUUAGACCGAAAAGUGGUCGAUGUUUGGAUCAAAGUAGGGGAUAAAGAUGCUCUUCCCAUGGCAAGAAGAUUAAUCAAAGAAGAGGGAUUAUUAAUUGGUGCUAGUAGUGGAGCUAUGAUGUGGGCUGCUGUACAAGCAGCAAAAGCUAAGAACUUAGGUCUUGGUAAAAAGGUAGUGGUCGUCUUACCAGACAGUAUUAGAAACUACUUAACUAAAUUUGUAUGUGACCAAUGGAUGGAGGAAAGAAACUUAAAACCAUGCGUCAACAUUAACAAUCAUCCGUGGUGGAAUACUCAUGUAACUGAUCUGGAUUUUACUUCAGUACAAACUAUUCCCGCGGAUGCUUCAUAUAAAACUGCUUUAAACACUAUGGAAAAAUUAGGAGUUCAUCAGUUACCAGCAACUAAUGAAGAACACGGUGUCGUUGGUGUGAUUACUAUGCAAAUUAUUGUUAAUAAACUAACAUCUGGCAAAAUUAAAUUGACAGAUCCAAUAGUGGAUGCACUUGACAGGCUUUAUCCUCGUGUGAACAGAACAGCUAAUGUUGGACUCGUUUCAAGAAUUUUGGAAAAGGAGUCUUACGUUAUCGUCUUAGAAGUACAUGAAACUGGUACUUCUAAAAUGAAUAAAUUUGUGGGAGUUGUAACUGCUCUGGAUUUUACAAGAUUCUUACAGAAAAACGAAUAAUUUGGGGACAUGUGGUUUUACAAUAAUAGACUCUGAACUCUUAGAAGUAAUGCUGAUACUUUCAUUCUCGUAGUCUUAUAUGUAAUCUUUUAUCUAAAGUUACUUGUAUUCAAUAAAAAUAUAAAUAAAAGUAG